GGAGCGGCGGCAGCGGCGGGGGACGUUCGCUCCCCGUCACAGCCCCUUCGCGCAGGCUUUCGCUUAUCUUCGGGCAGGCGGGGGUCUCCGAGGGGGAUGAUUCCUCCCUUCCCUCCUUCGCCGGAGGUUCGGGCGCUGGUUCUAGCGAGGGGAGCCGUGCGGAGCUCCUGCUCGCCGCUCGCUUUCAAAUCUCCCUCGCAGGGCUGCCGCCGCGGGCAGUGCCCGCAGCCUCCGGCCCUGUGGUCGUCACCGCCCCGUCAGGGGACGGCGCCUCAGGGCGUCCGGACCGGGGCUGGACCGACGUCCGCCCAGCCGUCUGCAGCGCGUUCGGGUCUCCUGCGUCUGUUCUGACGCUGAGUGAAGAAAAAGAGGGGUAUUUUCCCCAAAAAGAUCUGUCCUGGCUUGUUUUGGUUAUUCCUAUCGCACCCGUCUGAGUCAUAAGUUGCAAAAAUGACAACUGAAGUUGGCUCAGAGACAGAAGUAAAGAAAGAUUCUGAGCAUGUGGGAACAGACAAACCUAAAGACAAGACUGAAAAAGCAUCAGAGACUCCAGAAAAUCAAAAAUCCAGGGAAACAUCCUCUAAAGAAGCUCAAGAUUCUUCUUCUGUCUCAGCAGCAACUAGCCAAAGUAGUCCACGUAGCCAAAAGAAGGAAAAAUCUUCACCUGAAAGCAAGGGUAUUUCUCGUUUCCUCCCCCCCUGGCUUAAGAAACAAAGAUCAUACACCUUGGCAGAGCCCAAAGAUGAGAGCAAGAAAAGGACCACAGGGGAAGAGCAAGUAGUUGAAAAAAGUGAAAGCCAGACACCAGAGGGGGUGGCUCAGCCAAAAAAGAGCUUAGAAGAAGCAGCAGCUGAAAAUCAGCAUAAAGCUAAAGCAGAUGACAAAGAAGAAAAAUACUCCGUUAGUAGUGCUGAAACACAGCCUACCAAAGAAGAUGGUAAAGAAGCGGAAGUAGAGAAAGUUGCAGAGGAGAAAGAAGAAAAAGAAAGGGAGACAAAAGAAGUGCAGACAGCUGAAAUUAAAACAGAAAACACUCAUCAGAAGUCUCCCAAGAAAACUAAAACAGUGCAGUGCAAAGUGAUGCUUCUGGAUGGUGCAGAAUACAGCUGUGAUCUAGAGAAAAGAGCAAAAGGCCAAGUGCUCUUUGACAAAGUGUGUGAACAUCUCAAUUUACUGGAGAAAGACUAUUUUGGACUGUUGUUUUCUGAGAAUUCAGAGCAAAAGAACUGGCUAGAUUCUUCAAAGGAAAUUAAGAGACAAAUUCGAAGUUUACCUUGGAUAUUCACCUUUAAUGUGAAGUUUUAUCCUCCUGAUCCUUCACAGUUGACUGAAGACAUCACUAGAUAUUUUUUGUGCCUACAGCUACGUCAGGAUAUUGUUUCUGGUCGACUGCCAUGUUCUUUUGUGACUCAUGCCCUCCUUGGUUCAUACACCCUCCAGGCUGAGCUGGGUGAUCAUGACCCAGAGGAGCACCGGAGUGGUUACAUCAGUGAAUUCCAGUUUGCACCCAAUCAAACUCAAGAAAUGGAAGACAAAGUAGCUGAGCUACACAAAACCCACAGGGGCUUGACUCCAGCACAAGCGGAUUCCCAGUUCCUAGAAAAUGCUAAGAGACUCUCCAUGUAUGGAGUGGAUUUACAUCAUGCCAAGGAUUCUGAAGGCGUAGAUAUCAUGCUGGGUGUAUGUGCUAACGGACUGCUCAUUUACAAAGAUAGACUCCGGAUCAACCGCUUUGCUUGGCCAAAAAUUCUGAAGAUUUCCUAUAAGAGAAGUAACUUCUACAUCAAAGUCAGGCCAGCAGAACUGGAACAGUUUGAGAGCACUAUUGGGUUCAAACUGCCAAACCAUCGGGCUGCUAAAAGAUUGUGGAAAGUUUGUGUGGAGCACCAUACUUUUUUCAGACUUGUAUCACCAGAGCAGCCUCCAAAAGCAAAGUUUCUAACCUUGGGUUCCAAGUUCCGCUACAGUGGCCGCACACAAGCACAGACCCAACAAGCAAGCAACCUGAUCGACAGACCAGCUCCGUACUUUGAGCGUACUUCAAGCAAACGUGUUUCCAGAAGCCUUGAUGGGGCUCCCACAGGUAUCUCAGACCAAAGUCUGCUAAGAGAUUUCCCCUCUACUGGAGGGCAGGCUGCUGGAGUUAAAAUCAUUGACAUUGAAGCUGGUGGUCAGGCCAAGUUAAAAGAAGGUGACAGAGAAGAAGAUGGAAGCCCAAUUAAAACACCACAAUUAGAAUUGACUCAGGAUGGAAAGAGCAAUUCCUUGAGAGUAGACGGGGAAAAUAUUUAUGUCAGACAUAGCAAUUUAAUGUUGGAGGACCUGGAUAAGACCCAGGACGACUUACUGAAACACCAGGCUAGCAUUAGUGAGCUCAAGCGCAAUUUCAUGGAAUCCACACCUGAACCACGCCCCAAUGAGUGGGAAAAGCGGCGUAUCACACCUUUGUCCCUCCAGACACAAGGGAGAAAAGGAGACCCCAUUUUCCAAGUGAAAACGUUGCCUGGGAAGGAGAAGCAAUGGACUUCAAUGCCAUGGAUUGCUGGAGCAAAACCAGAGGAAACUGAUAAGAGCCUAGAAGAGGAGAUCACCUCCAUUUUAUUUAGUAAGGCGGCCUUCGGCGUCAGCGCCAGAGCGCCCUGCGCCGCCGCCAGCACGGGGACAGCAGAGGGCGCUGCGGGGGAGGAGACCGCCGGCUCCGCGCCGCCCCCUCAGAGACAUGCUGCCAGAGCAGAAGGGCCUUGUACUGGAGUCAGCGAUGCUGAUAAGAGUUCACAUGAGACUCUGGACAUAGUGGAGGAGAAGAAGCAGGCAGAGGUUGGGAUAGAAGAAACACUAGUCGUAGAGGAAAACAACAAAGGGAAAAUGCAAGUUACCACUGACGCUGGGGAAACAUGUAAGGUGGAUGACCUGUCAAAAAAGGACUCUUCAUCAUUGCCAUCAGAUAGUAGCAGCAGCAGCAGCAGUAGUAGUGAGAGUGAGGAUGAAGAGGUGGGAGAAUACCAGCCACAUCAUAGGGCAAUUGAGGAAGUCAUCAGGGAAGAACAGGAAGAAGAGGAAGACGUGAAGAGAAAAGAAGAAAAAAUACAGCAUGUGGAAGCCACACAAGAAGGCAGUAAACUAAAUCUGCCAGUUGAGCAUACACAAGUUAUAGCUGAAGAUUUGGUCCAGGAAAAUGCAGUUACCAUAGCUACAGAAGAGAAGAAUUUGUCAGAGGAAAUUAAGCAGGAUUUAGGUGAAGAAAAAGAGGAAGAACAGCUCAAACUCAAUGGAGAUGUGUCUCAUGUUGACACUGAUGUUGCACCACAAAUAAUUUGUUGUUCUGAGCCUCCAGUAGUGAAAACAGAGAUGGUAACCAUUUCGGAUGCCACGCAGAGAACUGAAAUCUCCACUAAAGAAGUUCCAAUUGUUCAAACAGAAACUAAAACUAUCACGUAUGAGUCUCCACAGUUUGAUGGCAGUGCUGCUGGUGAUAGUGGCAUGUUGCUGAGUGCACAGACAAUUACAUCGGAGUCAAUUUCUACUACCACAACUACACAUAUCACAAAGAUGGUAAAAGGUGGAGUAUCAGAAACAAGAAUUGAGAAGCGCAUUGUCAUUACAGGAGAUGCAGAUAUUGACCAUGAUGAGGCCCUGGCACAGGCAAUCAAAGAAGCCAAAGAACAGCACCCUGACAUGUCUGUCACAAGAGUUGUGGUGCACAAAGAAACUGAACUUGCUGAGGAAGAUGAAGAGUAAACUCAAAAAUGCCAUCAAGGAAAUACUUAAGAAGCAAAGAUUAUACUGACCAUGAUUAUGACCACGAAGAACUGUAAUCAUUCCAAGUCAUCACUACUCAACUGAAUUCACCAAGCCUAACAAUGAUGACCAAGACUUAAAUGCCAAUACCAAACUCCAUUUUAACAUCUUUGGUCUAUAUUUCCUUACAGUCUUUAUUGUUUAUUUUUAUAACCACUUCUUAACAAUCUUAGAUUAUUUUUUUAAAAUGAAGUUUUAGAGGGUAUGAUCUUCUUUUGCACAAAUACUUGUGGUUUUGAAGCUGAUUCUUAAUUACAUGAAAGUGAACAAAAAAAAGUGUGGAGAGCUUUGUUCACUGGAGGAGGUGGUAAUUGUGCAGGAAAGGGGAUCUUUACUAAUUUAGAUAGGUUUUUCCAAAUAUUUCAAGUGAAAUCUUUUACUGGAGUAACUUACAGAAUUUUUUUUUUCAGAUUAUUCAGGUAAAUAUAUGGUAUCACAUAACAAAGAUUUUUAUAAAAAUACAGCAUUUCCUAAAAUUUGAAGAAAUGUGUUUCUUUGGAUAAAUUUUAUACUGAUAUCUCUGUAACUCUUUCUGUUCUAAGGUCCUCCACUCUGUGGAGCAGAGAUGGUGUGGCAGUCUAGAGAGGAGAAGGAGUUGCAGACCCAUUUCUUCUGACUGAGCACUGUGUUCUUUUUGCACUUUGGUGCCAAUGCUCAACUUUUUUGAGAUGUUCUGCUGUCUGCAGCAUUCCAGAUAAGGAAAGAAGGAGGAAUAAAAUCUCUUUGUCUUCUUCCAACGAGAGAUGAUCUAGGCAGCUUAAAACCUUAGUGCUUUUUUUUCUUACUGUGUCCAAACUUCAACACUUCCAUUAUUUGAAUACUUGUAUAGAAUGCUUGCUUUUUAUUAAACUGCACUGUCUCCAUGUUAGAACUGACGUUGCUGUUAUUGAGAAGGUUUAUGUUUCAAAUGCUUCAUCUAAUGGUUAAUGCAGGUUUUUAGGAUACUGAGUUGAGUGUACAAUGGACUCCUUUCUUAAAGUAAUAAGACAGUACCAUCAUUUGAGACUGCCAUUGAGAAAACUUGUUAAUUAUUUUGGAGUUUAUUUUUAUGUUGUUCUUCCAGGGUGGGUUGGUUGGUUGGAUUUGUUUUGGGGUGGUUUUGGUUUUUUUGUUGUUUUUUUUUUUUUGCUGUCAUCUCUGUGUAAAGUUGAAAGGCCAAAUUAGAUUUAUAGCAGCUUGAAGUUGUAUUAAGUGAUAUUUUGCUUUCAGUAAUUCUGUUAUAAAAUAAAGUUGUUUAUUCUCUGUAUGACUUCUGGCACUCAGAUGUAAAUUUGAGAGAUAUUUAAAUUGACCAAGUCAGUUCUGAGAACUGCAAUUCUAGAGGCCUCAGAACCUUGAAAAGUAGUAGCAGGGUUACUAGAGUUUCUGAGUUCAUUGAGUUAGACUCUAUGAUGCUCUUCAAGUAACAAAACAGAUCAUAACACUUCUCACUACAUUCUUUUUCGUUUGUGAGCAAUGCAUUUUUGGUGCUAUUCUCAGUUGAGAUUGCUGCCAUCUGUCGGUGUGCUUGCUUAACAGAAACUCCUGAUAGUUUUGGCUUCAUGUUAUUUGGAUAACAUAAGACAACAGUAACCAAGAUACUGAUUUCUGUAUGCAUACAGGCAUUCUUUAUUGCAUCCCAUAAUCUCUGGAAAAAUAUCAGAUACCAAUCUUACCAGCUUUUCUUCAAAAACAGACAUGUUCUACCUUUCAAAAAAGGGAAGAGAACCCCACCCAGCCUCCUAACAUGAACACUGCCACAACACUGCAUCAGUGGCAGUCUUGUCAAGGAAGUGACAAGUUUGGAGUAUGUAAGUGAAAGUCAAAGUGGAGGGAUACAUACACAUAGGAGGAUUUCCUAAUUGAUUUUUCAUACAGAAGUGUUUAAGAAAAAGCUCUAUAAAAUCUUUCUGGUAUUUGUGAUGUGGUGUGGUAUUAGUUGCAGAACUCAGCUGAUGGGAGGAAAGCAUAUUACUUCAAUUCCUUAUCGAUUUGGAUCCCUCUGAUGUUAGACGCUAGAUCAAUAUUGGUUUUUAAUGCAAUUGUAUUGAAUCCUUAAACCUGCAAAUAUAAUAUCCUUGAAAACAUUA